AUCCAAUCACCCUCAAACAUCAACUCAUGUUUUCACGUAAUUAACGUGUAAUUUAUCAUCAUAUAUUAUUUAUUUAAUUAAAUAACCAAAAAAAUUGUUUACCUUUUCUCAGUGCCAUGCAAAUUUAAUAUACAAAUUAAAAAAAAAAAACGUCUGCAUCAUUUGGUAAGCUGCUUUUCCAAAUACAUGCAUUGAACCUCUAUAUAUAUACACGCACAUUCACUCCCUUUUUCCUCACAACAAACAAACUCGAUAUAUAUCACUACAAAACAAAAUACACGAAAAAAUGGCAGCCUCCUCUUCUUCGUCUUCGUCCUCGUCUUAUUCGUCGGUGUUUGUGAUUGCGACUUUACUAAUUGUCUUAUUGAUGAAUGUGGGGCCCUCGUCGGCUCAACUGACAGAGGAUUACUACAAGAAGACAUGCCCGAAGGUGUUCGAUACCGUCGAGUCCGCCGUUAAGUCCGCGAUCAAAAAGGAGAAACGCAUGGGCGCCUCCCUCAUCCGACUGCACUUCCACGAUUGUUUUGUCCAAGGGUGUGACGCGUCAGUACUACUGGACGACACAUCAUCGUUCACCGGCGAGAAGACUGCGGCCCCCAACAAUAAUUCGAUAAGGGGUUUCAACGUUGUGGACGAUAUCAAGUCCAAGGUGGAGUCCGUGUGCCCCGGUGUCGUCUCAUGCGCCGAUAUUCUAGCCAUUGCCGCCCGCGAUUCUGUCUCCAUUCUCGGAGGGCCGGAAUGGGAUGUGAAAGUCGGAAGACGAGACUCGAAAACGGCGAGCCUUGCGGCUGCAAAUAGUGGUGUGAUUCCACCACCAACUUCAACUCUUAACAACCUUGUCAAUAGGUUCCAAGCUAGAGGACUCUCCACCAAGGACAUGGUUGCAUUAUCAGGAGCACACACCAUUGGGCAGGCGAGAUGCAGCCUGUUCCGAACGCGUAUAUACAACGAGACGAACAUAGACGCUUCUUUCGCUCGUAAGAGACAAGAUAACUGCCCCCGCACGACCGGGUCGGGCGACAAUAACUUGGCCUCACUCGACGUCAAAAGCCCCACAUUCUUCGACAACGCUUACUACAAAAACCUAAUCAAGAAGAAGGGGUUGUUGCACUCCGAUCAGAUUCUGUACAACGGUGGAUCGACGGAUUCGCUUAUCGAAACGUACAGCAAGAAACCUGAGACGUUCAACGAUGAUUUCGUCACGGCUAUGAUCAAGAUGGGUGACAUCAGCCCCCUCACUGGAUCCAAUGGUGAGAUCAGAAAGAAUUGCAGGAGGGCCAAUUGAUUACACAAUCUGAAUUAUUAAUAAAAGUAUUUCGUUUUGAUUUUUUUAUUGGUUUUUUUUUUUUUUUUUUUUUUUUUUUUUGGUUUUUUGGGGGUUGGAAUCCAAUAAAUGGCAUGUUGGCCUUGGUUUUGUUUUUAUUUGUGUGUCAAUUGUAAUUGACUCUCUCUCUCAUUUUGUAUUUUGAAAUUAUACUUAUUUGUUAAUUUACUUGGUGUGUGACGUCAUAAAAUAAUGUUAUAUAUAUACUACAAAUAUAUAGAUAUUUAUAUACAAUAGAUUAAAUCAUUAUAAUACAGUCUAUGUAUUCAUUCAUUAAGACCUCCAUGCAAGAUGAAUUUUGAAUUUUAAUUAAAA